GUUUCAGCUCUGUGGGUAUGCUCAUCGGUGCUGGCUUCGGCUUCAAGUACAUGCACGAACUCUACAACAGUCACGAGUGGUGUUCCGGCAAUCUGUCCAUCAUAACCGCCAACGGAGUCAUUUGCCUGUUGCUCGUGCUGCUGAGCACCAGUCAUUGUGUCUACCAGCACACUGGCGGCGUUCCAAGGAAAUUAGUCCAGGAAUCUCCGUCAGUCGUGCUUUUACAGACGGCUGCUCUUUCUGUCUACGUGUGCUAUAUGACGUGGUCUGCCAUUGCGGGUGAAUACAUCUAUAAAGCAAUGGAUGGCUUUACUGUUAACAAAACCAGAAAUGGAGAUCAUGAGGAAGUUCCUCAAGACAAAAUUGUAGCAGAAUAUUGUGGCCCAACGCUUUCUACGUAUACAGGUGUAUCCGAUAACGACGUCAUUUGCUACCUCGGCAUCUUUGUGGCCUUUGCAACACUUAUGAAAGAAACGUAA